AUGGGUCCUCCUCAUCCUAAGAGUUACAUGGGUUGGUGGGGUAGCAUCGGCUCCCCCCCACAAAAGGGUAUUGCUAGAUACGCUGUUUCUGCUGGCUCCCAGAAGCUUUUCCACCACGCUUUCCACAAUGCCAUCUUCAACACCUUCCGUCGUGUUAAGAACCAGAUUUUCUUUGUUGUUUUCCCUGUGUCCAUUUACUACUACAUUUGGACUUCUGCCAACAACUACAACCAAUGGCUCUACACCAAGGCUGGUCAUGAGACUCUUGAGAAGCUUCUUUAA